CGAAUCGUAUUCGUUUACCUUGGCUAGUUACGCUGCCAGUCAGCCGAUUGUAUCUACUACUUGACCAGACUAACCCAUUUCUCGCAACAACAUCGGGUGACAAUCUUGGUUAAUAUGUACUGCCACGAGACGAGGAAUCAUCAUGAAAAAAAGUCGGGAUGAAGCGCACCGCGUGGUUGCGGGGACUGGGGAAAUAUAUUAAAAUCUGGGGAAUGACGAACAUGCUCGGACACCAGUUUAGUCCGGAGUGCUAUACUCCAUGAUAUAUAGGGAAGCGAUUGACGAGUAUGAUAUUAUAAAAGCAGGGAAUUCCCUAGAAAAUAAGACAGACUCGGUUGGUAUGCAUACGGAAAUCCCCCGUCAUCAUGCUCUCCUAUACCCUCUUCCCCAUCUUCCUCUUGCUAUCCCUCGUACAACCCACUCUCAGCACAAACACAACAGAAAAACCGCGCAUAUUUAUCCUAUCCGACAUCCUCAACGAGCCUGACGACUCACAAUCACUCGUCCGCUAUCUGCUCUACUCGAACGAGUUCCAGACAGAAGGCAUAGUAGCCACAACAUCGACAUGGCUUCCGAAUGAGACACAUCCAGAGGCCAUUCGCGAGAUUAUUCGUGCGUAUGGGAGUGUAGUAGGUAAUCUAAACCAGCAUGUACCAGAGUAUAAACAGUAUUCUUCUGCUGAGGAGUUGCUCGAUGUCGUUUUUUCGGGGCCUACCGUCUAUGGCAAACAAGCCUUACGAAACAAUACCACCCUCAGCCCCGGCGCAACCCGCCUAAUCAAAUCCCUCAAAUCCUCAAACGCAACCCUCCACAUUCCCAUCUGGGGCGGCACAAACACUCUCGCUCAAGCCCUCCAGCACAUUACCCACACCCGCACCCCAACGGAAGCGAAGACCCUCCGCUCCCGCCUCCGCAUAUACACCAUCUCCGAUCAAGAUGACACGGGGCCCUGGCUGAGAGCAACAUAUCCGGACUUGUUCUACAUUGCAUCGAGACAUGCGUGGAAGGCGUACUCCCUUGCGACUUGGACGGGGAUAUCGACGAUGGGUCUUUCACCGGCGGCGAAUGACAGUAUUGUGCAGAAUGAGUGGUUGAAGAGGUUUAUCCAAAAGGGGGAGUUGGGGGGUGUUUACCCGGAUAUUGAGUAUACGAUGGAAGGGGACUCACCGAGUUUGCUGUACUUUAUCCCGAAUGGACUGGGAUAUAUUGAUAAACCAGAAUGGGGGAGUUGGGGUGGUCGAUAUUCACCUCUGUCAAAUGAUCCCUGUGAGACGCAGUUCGGUGAUACCAUUGAUACAAUAUAUUACACCUCUGGGAAUAAGACUGAGACCAAGAAGUCGAACCAUGCAACUGUCUUUCGCUGGCGCAGUGCGUUUCAGACGGACUUUGCAGCGAGGAUGCAAUGGACGCUUUCUCCGAAUUAUGCUUCCGCGCGCCAUCCGCCUGUUAUUCGUGUGAAUGGGAGUGAGGGCUUGGAGCCGUUGUUCAUCAACGUGCGACUGAACCAUUCCAUUAUCUUCGACGCAAGCGAAACACUCAACACAGACCAGCAUGGCGAUCUACAAUUCGAAUGGUACCAAUACCAAGAGCCCUCCUACCUACCGAACCCCAGCCCACAAAGCAACGAGAAACUGAACAUCGAACCACUCUCGGGUGGACAAACCAUUAAGCUUAAUGAGCAGAGAUUUGAGGACGCCGUUCGCGCAAAGAAGAUUAGGGUUACGUUGCCGGCAGCGCAGGAUGCAGAGAUGGUAGAUGGGUAUCAUUUGAUAUUGCAGAGCGAUAUAGACUAG